CGACAUCUUGUAUAAGACUGCCGACUUCCCGUCACUUCUCUCCAGAUUGUUUCAACGCCAUCACCUUCAUCUUCACUCCUCUUCAGUGCCCUUGCUCGCUCUUUACCUUGUGCCUCGAAGCAUCAUCAAUCCUCUACGGCCGUCAUCAUGGUUACCCAAUCCGCUGUCGCACUAACUGCGGCCCUUGCCGGCCUCACAGUUGCGAACCCAAUUAAGACCAAGAUCGGCACCAAGUCUAGCUCUUUCACCGUCAACCAGGUUUCCAACACCGCCUUCAAGCCUCAUGGUCCUUUCCAGCUUGCGAAGGCUUACAACAAGUACGGAGCUAAGAUGCCUGAGGGUCUAGCUAAGACCGUUGCCAAGUAUAACGCCGCCAAGAAGGCCAAGCGUGAUUCCGGCAGUGCUAAGACUACCCCAGAGGAAUACGAUAUCCAGUACCUUACUCCUGUCGACAUCGGUACUCCCGCCCAGACACUCAACUUGGAUUUCGACUCGGGUUCCUCCGACCUGUGGGUCUUCAGCACAGACACCCCGAGCUCCUCUAUCAACGGACAGGCCCAGUAUGACCCUAGCAGUUCUUCCUCGUCUGAGGAGGUUAGUGGUGCUACAUGGAGCAUUAGCUACGGUGAUGGAAGCUCUUCUAGUGGCUCCGUCUACCACGACGUCGUCACUGUUGGUGGUGUGAGCUUCGACUCCCAGGCUGUCGAGUCUGCCUCGAAAGUCUCAGACCAAUUCGCUCAGGACUCCAACAACGACGGUCUGCUCGGCCUUGCCUUCAGCACCCUGAACACCGUCUCCCCCAAGCCCGAGAAGACUUUCUUUGACAACAUAGUCGACAGUCUUGAUGUGGCUGCGUGGACCGCCGACCUCAAGUACCACACUGCCGGUACCUACGACUUCGGUGUCAUCGAUGACUCCAAGUAUACCGGCUCUAUUAGCUACGUCGACGUCGACGACAGCCAGGGCUUCUGGGGUUUCACCGCCGACAUCGACGGCGAAUCUGUUGAUGGUAUUGCCGACACCGGCACCACCCUUGCUCUCUUCCCUGACUCCGUCGUCGAGUCCUACUAUAGCCAGGUCGAUGGCGCUAAGGAGGACCAGCAACAGGGCGGUUACGUCUUCCCCUGUGACGCCGAGCUUCCUGACCUCACUUUCACCCCUGGUGAUGCUGAGAUCACCAUUCCAGGAGAGUACAUCAACUAUGCCCCCGUAGACGAGUCUGGCUCCACCUGCUUCGGCGGUAUCCAAUCCUCCAACGGCAUUGGCAUCAACAUCUACGGUGACAUUGCCCUCAAGGCUGCUUUUGUCGUCUUUGACCAGACUACUAGCUCUCCUCGCCUUGGGUGGGCUACCAAGGACCUAUAAAUCCGCAGCUCCAUAUAGUUAAGGAACUGCUGUUGCCAGAUAAGAAUCUCAUGCCUAGAUGAUGGAACGGACGAGGUGUAUAUUUAUGAAUAUGUAUAUAUGAUGGCAUUCUUU